AUGGAUCCGCUGCCGGAACUAUCCGCAGGAACGAAGACGGCAGAGCAUGCAGUCUUGUUUGCUCUCUGGAACUGGUGGCCAGAUAAUUGGCUGCUGCUGGUGCAAGGCUUCCUCCUUGGUCUCCUACUUCCGCUCUCUCUGAUCAGCCUCCUGUCGCUCGUGGGAUUGAUCCUCAAGUGUACUGUGUACAAGAGACGCCCUAGCGCUCAAUUGCCUCUGCAACUCUCCAAGGGGAAAGUGAAAGAUGUCCGGCGAUCCUUCUUGUACCGGCUGCUCUUCUCCAUCAGCAACAAUGUACUGUUGGUGUUCUUGUUCGGCAGUUUGCUGUCCAUGACAACCAUCCUUAACUUCCUCGUCGUCACAGGAUUUUUCGGAUGGCCUGGCCAGAGGAAGUUCACUACGAUCCAAUCAGACCUCUGGAUGGCUGCAAGGAGGCAGUUGACUUGGUUUCAUAACGGCUGGUCGCACAUUGUGGGGUGGUACAUCGCUCUUGACGACCCUGAAGUUGAAGGGAGAGAGGAGGAGAAAGAGAAGGGGAGCGAACGAGAGAGCAGAGGGUCGAAGAGAUUUUGGCACAUCCACAUCCGAGCAAGAACAUACAGCGGGGGAGCAGGAGGAGAGGUGGGGAAGAGGAGAAGUGUAGAGGAGGCGGAGGUGCAGAAGAACUUGGGAGACGGAGGACAUGGCGGAAAAGGGAGAGGAGGUUUCAACGUAGCGGCAGCUCGGAUACGAGAGAAGACUUCAAUGCACUGGGAGAAGAAAGCUGGGCUGCAAGUUCCCGUCUUUGACGAGCUUGUCGACCACCAGCCGAUGACCCGAGAG